AUGUCACCUUCACAGCCAGCCAGCUGGUCGUUGCCAUCAUCAUCCUCGAUUCAAGAAUAUAGUCAAGUAAGAGUGAGUAUCGUGCCUAACGUUAAGGAUGUCCCAGCUGAGGCCUUCAUCCAGGCAUACGCCAGCCACUUGAAGCGCUCCGGAAAGUUGGAAGUGCCAACAUGGGUUGACACUGUCAAGACCGGUACCUUCAAGGAACUCGGUCCUUACGACCCUGACUGGUUCUACGUCCGUGCUGCUGCAUUGGCCCGUCACAUCUACAUCCACAAAGCCGUCGGUAUUGGUGCUCUACAAAAGUUGCACGGUGGACCAAAGAACCGUGGUUUCCGCCCUCAACGUCACACUGAUGCAUCUGGAUCCGUUCAACGUAAGGCUGUUCAAAGUUUGGAAGCAAUUGGUGUCUUGGAAAAGGACCCCAAGGGUGGACGCCGUAUCAGCCAAGAUGGUCAAAGAGAUUUGGACCGUAUCGCUGUGGCCACUUUGGAAAGUUUGAGAGAAAAUGACGAUGAGGAAGAAGAGGAGGACGAGGAAGAUGACGAGUAA